AUGAUAGCUCUCUUGUUUUGGUUGAAAUAUCUAUUUUCGUUUGUUUUGCCUGACUUCUUUCCAUCACAGGCCAGUAAAACAUGCACAAUGACUACGCUGAUACGACGCUCACGAAAAUUUCCUGCAGCAUCUCAUAAUCCAAACUCACUCGGAAAGUGGAUACGUUUUUCCCGCUUCCUUUACGAGACCUCACCAUUUCCUAAAGUUAUUUUCAGCCAAACAAUUAGCUACAGGAAAUCAGUUCCAGAUUUAUCCAGCCUACCAUGUCUGAACCAGGUUCUGGUUGUGGUGUUCCAGCCCAGAGAAGCUCACAGCGGGGUCCAGAGUUGCUGUCAGUGAAGCUGGGGGACUGCAGUCAAACAGUGGAACUCAAUGUGAUUGUCAAAGAGGAGGAGGAGGAGAGAGAAAUCAAUGAGGGGGAGCGAGAGGAGGACAAGGACUCUGUUGACUCAGGGGAGAUCCCCAACCCAGACACCGUCAACAAGUCCAGUUCCACAGCAUCAAGACUACCUGGGCAUGGGAGUUACUCGUGUCCUCAAUGUGAGAAGAGUUUCAGUUCCUCAACUAUUCUAAAGAAUCAUCAAAGAGUUCACACUGGAGAAAAACCUUUUCACUGCUCUGCAUGUGAGAAGAGUUUCAGUGAGAAAGUAAACCUUAAGAGACACGAGAGAGUACAUAGUGGAGAGAAGCCUUACCACUGCACCCAAUGUGGGAAGAGCUUCAAUCAUUCUGGAAGCCUUAAGGAACAUCAAAGAGUACAUACAGGGGAGAAACCUUACCACUGCACUCUUUGCAGGAAGUAUUUCAGUCAGCCAGGAAGCCUUAAGAAACAUCAGAGAAUUCAUACAGGGGAGAAACCUUACCACUGCUCACAGUGUGGAAAGAAUUUUCGUUUCGCAGGAGACCUAAAGAGUCAUCAGAGAUCACACAGUGGAGAGAAGCCGUACCACUGUUCUCAGUGUGGGGAGGGAUUCACUCAGCUCAGGCGUCUUAAAAGUCAUCAGAGGAUACACAUUGGAGGGAAGCCUGUCUGUGCUAUAAAGGUGAUUGUCAAAGAGGAGGAGGUUGAGAGGGAAAUCAAAGAGGAGGAAAAGCGAGAAGUUGAAGAGGACAAUAGUGGUAUAGUUGACCCAGAUACAUCACCAUUACCUGGUUGUAGUCUUUACCCCUGCCAUCAAUGUGGAAAGAGUUUCCGUUCCUCAAGUAAUCUACAGAAUCAUCAAAAAGUACACACAGGAGAAAAGCCUUACCACUGCUCUGAGUGUGGGGAGGGAUUCACUCAGCUACUACGUCUUAAAAGCCAUCAGAGAAUACACAAUGGAGGGAAGCCUGUCUGUGCUUUAAAUGUGAUUGUCAAAGAGGAGGGGAGUGAGAGGGAAAUCAAAGAGGAGGAAAAGCGAGAAGUUGAGGAAGAGGAGGACAAUAGUAGUGUAGGUGACCCAGAUACAUCAAGACUAUCUGGUCGUGGUCGUUACCCAUGCCAUCAAUGUGGCAAGAGUUUCCGUUCCUCAAGUAAUCUAAAGAAUCAUCAAAGAGUACACACUGGAGAGAAGCCUUAUCACUGCUCACAAUGUGGGAGGGGUUUCAGUGAGAAGGUAAACCUUAAGCGACAUGGCAAAGUACAUAGUGGAAAGAAGCCUUACCACUGCACCCAAUGUGAGAAGAGCUUUAAUUAUUCAGGAAGCCUUAAGGAACACCAGAGAACACAUACAGGGGAGAAGCCUUACCACUGCUCUCUUUGCGAUAAGAGUUUCAGUCAGCCAGGAAACCUUAAGAAACAUCAGAGAAUACAUACAGGGGAAAAGCCUUACCACUGCUCUCUUUGCGGUAAGAGUUUCAGUCAGCCAGGAAACCUUAAGAAACACCAGAGAGUACAUACAGGCGAGAAGCUUUACCACUGCUCUCAUUGUGGGGGGGGUUUCACUCAGCUAAGAAGUCUUAAAAGUCAUGAGAAAAUACAUAUUGGAGGGGAGCCUGCCUGUGCUUUCAAUGUGAUUGUCAAGGAAGAGGAGGAGGAGGAGGAGGGAGAAAAGAAAGAAGUUGGGGGAGAGGAGAAUGACGUGAAAUAAAGGUGAAGUGAGGAUACAUAAGCAACUCUACAGGUAUUGAAAUUCACACCUAUCCUUGCAAUUGCAUCUUCUGUGACAGCAUGGUCAUGGGCAGCACCAUUUGAGUUUUAAAUCAGUAAGGGCUUUCCUGCACAACUGUAAAAUCCGACUGUAGCCUUGUCACAGCCAGGUCAGCAGUCGGGGUAAUUCCGUAACGUAAUAGUAUCAUCCGUAUUUAGAUGAGAUCGAGACAAGAUCAUUAACAACUAUAGUGGUUGCUGUAAUAGUGCUAUGCCCAGGCCUAAAGCCUGAUUGGUUUACAUUAACAAUACAUGUCUCAUUGUAAACCAGGUUGCCUGUCCGGGCCUAAGCCUGUGUUCCUGGCCUUGACCCAAGCAUCAUUUAUUUUAUGAAUUACUUCUGAACAGGAUACCACCACCUAAUGUACUGCAGUGUGAAUAGACUGAACAAGAUACCACCCCCUAAUGUGCUGCAGUGUGUACAGUCUGAACAGGAUACCACCACCUAAUGUGCUGCAGUGUGUACAGUCUGAACAGGAUACCACCACCUAAUGUGCUGCAGUGUGUACAGUCUGAACAGGAUACCACCACCUAAUGUGCUGCAGUGUGUACAGACUGAACAGGAUACCACCUAAUGUGCUGCAGUGUGUACAGUCUGAACAGGAUACCACCACCUAAUGUGCUGCACUGUGUACAGACUGAACAGGAUACCACCACCUAAUGUACUGCAGUGUGAAUAGUCUGAACAGGAUACCACCUAAUGUGCUGCAGUGUGUACAGUCUGAACAGGAUACCACCUAAUGUGCUGCAGUGUGUACAGUCUGAACAGGAUACCACCUAAUGUGCUGCAGUGUGUACAGUCUGAACAGGAUACCACCACCUAAUGUGCUGCAGUGUGUACAGACUGAACAGGAUACCACCUAAUGUACUGCAGUGUGUACAGUCUGAACAGGAUACCACCUAAUGUACUGCAGUGUGUACAGUCUGAACAGGAUACCACCACCUAAUGUACUGCAGUGUGUACAGUCUGAACAGGAUACCACCUAAUGUACUGCAGUGUGUACAGACUGAAGAGGUACAAAGCCAAAGUUGGUGAUUUACUGCUACCUGCAGUUAUGGAAUGUUAGCUCAGGACUAUAAUUCAUUGGUUGACUCCUCCUCCUGACCUCCUCCCGACCUGGAUGGAAUUAUACGACCUGGAUAUAGUGCACUACAUUUGACCAUGAUUUUGUAAUGAGAUGUUUGACGAGCAGGUGUCCACAUACACUACAUCGGUUACCACAACAUUGGUUACAAAAAUAUCUUCCUUUAUCUUUUUUUAUAAUUUUCACAUAUGUUGAUUUUGGGGUGGUGCUGGAGAUGAUGAAUAUGUAGUAGAAUGUUUUUUGAAAUGUCCCUUUAAAGGUACUUAUGCUCAUGUACACGACUAACAUUUAAAUGUAAAACAGUUCACAGUAGCAUAAUCUAUAUUUGACUUGAGCUGAAUACUGGGGCUGAGUCUGUAUGUAGUAUAUACAGUGGGGCAAAAAAGUAUUUAGUCAGCCACCAAUUGUGCAAGUUCUCCCACUUAAAAAGAUGAGGCCUGUAAUUUUCAUCAUAGGUACACUUCAACUAUGACAGACAAAAUGAGAAAAAAAAUCCAGAAAAUCACAUUGUAGGAUUUUUUAUGAAUUUAUUUGCAAAUUAUGGUGGAAGAUAAGUAUUUGGUCACCUACAAACAAGCAAGAUUUCUGGCUCUCACAGACCUGUAACUUCUUCUUUAAGAGGCUCCUCUGUCCUCCACUCGUUACCUAUAUUAAUGGCACCUGUUUGAACUUGUUAUCAGUAUAAAAGACACCUGUCCACAACCUCAAACAGUCACACUCCAAACUCCACUAUGGCCAAGACCAAAGAGCUGUCAAAGGACACCAGAAACAAAAUUGUAGACCUGCACCAGGCUGGGAAGACUGAAUCUGGGUAAGCAGCUUGGUUUGAAGAAAUCAACUGUGGGAGCAAUUAUUAGGAAAUGGAAGACAUACUGAUAAUCUCCCUCGAUCUGGGGCUCCACGCAAGAUCUCACCCCGUGGGGUCAAAAUGAUCACAAGAACGGUGAGCAAAAAUCCCAGAACCACACGGGGGGAUCUAGUGAAUGACCUGCAGAGAGCUGGGACCAAAGUAACAAAGCCUACCAUCAGUAACACACUACGCCGCCAGGGACUCAAAUCCUGCAGUGCCAGACGUGUCCCCCUGCUUAAACCAGUACAUGUCCAAGCCCGUCUGAAGUUUGCUAGAGAGCAUUUGGAUGAUCCAGAAGAAGAUUGGGAGAAUGUCAUAUGGUCAGAUGAAACCAAAAUAGAACUUUUGGUAAAAACUCAACUCGUCGUGUUUUGGAGGACAAAGAAUGCUGAGUUGCAUCCAAAGAACACCAUACCUACUGUGAAGCAUGGGGGUGGAAACAUCAUGCUUUGGGGCUGUUUUUCUGCAAAGGGACCAGGACGACUGAUCCGUGUAAAGGAAAGAAUGAAUGGGGCCAUGUAUCGUGAGAUUUUGAGUGAAAACCUCCUUCCAUCAGCAAGGGCAUUGAAGAUGAAACGUGGCUGGGUCUUUCAGCAUGACAAUGAUCCCAAACACACCGCCCGGGCAACGAAGGAGUGGCUUCGUAAGAAGCAUUUCAAGGUCCUGGAGUGGCCUAGCCAGUCUCCAGAUCUCAACCCCAUAGAAAAUCUUUGGAGGGAGUUGAAAGUCCAUGUUUCCCAGCAACAGCCCCAAAACAUCUGCAUGGAGGAAUGGGCCAAAAUACCAGCAACAGUGUGUGAAAACCUUGUGAAGACUUACAGAAAACGUUUGACCUCUGUCAUUGCCAACAAAGAGUAUAUAACAAAGUAUUGAGAUAAACUUUUGUUAUUGACCAAAUACUUAUUUUCCACCAUAAUUUGCAAAUAAAUUCAUAAAAAAUCCUACAAUGUGAUUUUCUGGAUUUUUUUUCUCAUUUUGUCUGUCACAGUUGAAGUGUACAAGUACAGGCCUCUCUCAUUUUUUUAAUUGGGAGAACUUGCACAAUUGGUGGCUGACUAAAUACUUUUUUGCCCCACUGUACUAGGGCUGAGUCUAUAUAUAGUAUAUACUGGGUCUGAGUCUAUAUAUAGUAUAUACUGGGUCUGAGUCUAUAUAUAUUAUAUACUGGGGCUGAAUGUCCCAAAUGGCGCACUAUUCCCUCUGUAGAAAAAAAGUAGUGCACUAUAGAAUAGGGCCCAUAGACAAAUAUAGUGCACUACUUUUGACCAUGCACCCUAUUCUGUAGUGCACUACAUUUGACCAUGGGCCUUAUUCUGUAGUGCACUACAUUUGACCAUGGGCCAUAUUCUGUAGUGCACUACAUUUGACCAUGGGCCCUAUUCUGUAGUGCACUACUUUUGACCAUGCACCCUAUUUUGUAGUGCAAUACAUUUGUCCAUGGGCCCUAUGGGCUAUUCUAUUGAAUACAAAAUAAGUCCAUAGACUCCAGUAGAAUUCAGUUGUGGAUAUUUUUUAUACAUGAUUAAACUCAGUAGAAGGGCUGGUUUGUAUUGACAUCAAGUCUAUUGUUAUUUCAUGAUCUGGAUGGAACCGGUGUUUAAAACAGGGUUUUGAACCUGAAAGUAUUUUCCAAUCAUUUUGUUCUGAACAGAACCGUUAUUGUUUUUUUGUUCCAUUCCAGCAAAGUAAAGUUCUGAACCGGUUCGAACCAUGACGUGCUGGGCAUCUUGUUGUUAUGACGUGUAUUAUCUGAAUUAGGCCCACGGAAGUAUACCUACGGAGGAGCGGCUUCUAUGAUGAAGCUUUGAAUAUCUUUGAACUUCAGAGAGAUGGCUUUAACUAACGUUGGACCAGAACUAUCCCUUAAUCAUGACUCUCAGUUCUAUUACAGUACAGAACUCCUAGAGUUUUGGAAAUCGAGACCAGCUAGCUAGCUAACAAGCUAGCUAUCUAGACCAGCUAGCUAUCUAACAAGCUAGCUAUCUAACAAGCUAGCUAUCUAACAAGCUAGCUAGCUAACAAGCUUGUGUGUGCAGAGCCGCACCAGAAUUAAAAUAAAAACACGUCUUACCUUUUUUGUAGUUAAUGAAUCCAAUGUGAAACGUGAUAACUAUAGUAUCCUUAACUAGCAUUGAAAUAGUUGAUUAAUGAUCUCUAAUUAAACCUCUCUCUCCGUAAUGUCUGAAUCACGCCUGUAAUGUCAGUAGCUACAGUAGACUAUGCAUGCUUCGGUGGGAGGGGAGGGGGAAUGUAGCCUACACACACACUGGCAAAGAGUUUCAGCAGGCAGACACUGGAAUACAUUUCUGAGUGCAUAGGGACUGGAAAAAAAUGCCUGGAAUGUAAAAUAACAUUAUUAACCAGUUCCCAUGCUUUUAAAAUAACUGUUCUGUUCCGGAACAGUAUAGAUCCCUUUUGUUGUCAGUUCUGGUUCUGUUCCUUGAAAUUCCGGUUUUCUUUUCUGUUCCCUGAACUGGUUCCAACCCCUUGUUUAGAAUAUUGUAAAGUAUCCAUUAAUUAAAUAAUAAAUGCUAACAAACUGUAA